GAAGGGGGGGCAGUGGUGGUGGCUGUAGUAUAACCUCCAGCCCCUAGGUGGUGCUGUGUGUCACGUGGCCAGCCGUGGGGGCGGGGCAAACACGUCUCUCCAGGGAAGUGCGUUGACCAGUCUGAGUCUGCAGUAGAGGCCUGAGGUGCUGGCAGCUUCUCCGCAGCCUGCCGGUGGGAGGAGCACAGGCCGUGGUGCCAGGCACGAGGGCAGCCCCACUGGCACCACAGGAGGGCAGCGAAGGUUGCAGGCUGGAUGGUAUGACGGUUUUCAGUGCCCCCGGAAGCUCAGCUGUGCCAGGGUGGGCAGACGGCAAGACGUUGCUGCUGAACAGCACCCAGAACCUGGAGACGUCCCAAUGUCAUCUUUCAUUUCUGCUCCGGGGAAGGUCGGCAGAGCAUAACUUUAAAUCCAUUGCCUUUAAUGACAACCAUCACAAAGAUGAUGAUGAAAGACUUCUGGCAGUGCUUGAUGCCUGCUUUAUACCUCAGCGAAAUGCGGCGUAUGAAAGGGUGUGUUUUUGCCAGAGAAGUCAAGAAUGAGGGAAAUCUGUUGAAUCUUUUAUAGCAGCUUUGCAUGCCUUGGCAGAAAGCUCUGAUUUGAAGGCUAUAAAACGUAAAAAUAUCAGCGGUAGACAGGUUAUUGAUCUUACAGAUAAAAGUAUCUCACAGUAGCUAUAAUUAAAGACUGAUUUGACCUUAUACACAGGUGAACUACAAAAACCUUUCAGACUAAAUGCACAGCAUAUGGAAAAAGCCAUAGUCCAUGAGAUGUGUGUUCAGCCAAAGGUGCAAAAUAUAACAAAUACACAAAAUAUGGAUAUUUUGCAGAUGUUUGCUGCACUGGGGCAGUCAAGAGGUAUUGUUUCUGGGGUCUAUCAAGUGUGAUGACAGAGCCUACCUAGAGAGUGAAACUGAAUAUUCAUAGAAAGACCACUGAGUUUAAAAUUGACUCAAGAGCAGAUGUGAAAGUCAUACAAGAAGGGAAGUAUAAUCACCUUGAAGUCCUCCCAGAGCUGAAAUUGUUUGACACAAUCCUGACUAGCCCUGGAAGUAUUGUGAAGUGUAUGGAUCAGUUUACCAUAGAAACAACUUACAAAGACAAAAGGUUUGCAUUCAGAGUGUAUAUGAUCAAAGGACCAAACACCAACAACCUUCUCAGCUGCAGCAUGGAAGCCAUGAUGGGCCUAAUUAGAAAAGUGGCAGAACUUCUUGGAGUAUUUGAUAUUGGAGUUCUGGAAAGAGUAUGAGUAUAAAUAACCUGAAGAGGCAGUGUUGAAACAUAUAGUGUUGCUUAAUAAAGGGGAAACGGAGUUAAAGAGAAUAGAAUAGAUUGGCUUAAUCAAGAAAAUCUUUGAGCCAGCAUCAUGAGGUGCCCAGUGGUACCAAUUACAAAGAAAAAUGGAAAAAUACAAAGUUUUGUGUCGGGCCUUAUGAAAUCUGCAUUAAUGAGAACAUGGAUGGAAUCAUGAAAUUAAAACAAUAACAUGGAAUCCAGGCUGUCACCUGCAUUAGGAUCACAGUGGCAGGCAGGCAGGGCGAGCUGCAUGGCUGAACUACUGGAGGGUGUUUGCAGUUAAUUCACAUGUCAUCAGAAAACUCAACCAUUACUGUUCGCCUGGUUCGCUCCUUUGAGCACCGUAAUUUCAGACCUGUGGUGUAUCAUGGAGUUAAUUUGGACCAGACUGUGAAGCAAUUCAUUACAUUUGUAAAGAAUGAUGUGUCUUUAAGAACAGGACUUCCACCUCCCUUUAAAAAAUACAAAUAUGAUAUGAUGAAGAUUAUUCACCAAGCACAUGGAUCUAAGACCAAUGAACUUGUAGUGAGUUUGGAGGAUGAUGACAAACUCAUAUUAAAAGAAGACAGCACUUUGAAAGCAGCUGGAGUAGCAAAUGAAACUGAAUUAGCAUUCUUCUGUGAAGAAGAUUACAGAAACUACAAAGCUAAUCCUGUUUCGGCUUGGUGACGAUCCCAAGAGACCUGGGUUUUUUUGUUUUCCCAUACCCGUUUAAAACUCUUUUUUUUUCUGUUUAAUGAGAUUUUUUUUAAAAAUCAAUAAAUCCUAGAGGAUUGCCUCACAAAUGCUGAAAUUUCUUUAUUAUAGAAACUCAUUUCUCUCAGGAUGCUGAGAUUCAGGGGGGAAAAAUCAAUGACAUAAAUUUGCUUUCCUUUCAUACUCUCUCUCCCCUCCCCCCCUUACAUCUUACAAUGUAAGCAGUAUAAAUGAACUCGGACCUGUAACAUUCUGGUGGUGUAAUUCUACAGUGGUGGAUUAAGUAUAAGAGACUAAGUAUAAAAGAUGUUAGCUAUGUAUGGAAAUUGUACAAGGCAGAUGUAAAAUCCCAUCAUAAUAGUAUCCUUUUUUUAUAGAAAAAGGAAACUUGUUAUGACCAACUGACUGGAUAUUUUAAAGAGUUUAGGGAUGGAAUUCCUAGGUUACAAAUAAUAGAAUUAUUUCACUCAUUUUAUGUUCAGUCUGUCUUGUUUGAAUGGUGCAGGCUGAUUCAGGUUUCAUAUUCUUCACUUGUGAAUGCUUUCCUUUAUACUCUAUAUUCCAGCCCUGUUUAGUGUGAUGAAACAAACAAAUGACUGUUUGGAAGCUUUUGUGUUCAAGGACCAGCCUGUUUUUAGCAUCGUUUCACGGAGAUGCCUUGGGGUAAGGCAUAGCAACUUGACUUCUUGUGUGACAUCAAUAUGCAUAAGCAGACAUCAGGCAUUUCUCCAAAUGGUGUGAAAGCCAGCGAACGCUCCUGGGUUCAGUUCAGUAUUAAAAUAAGACCAGAAUGAUUGCAUUUCUUGUGAGGGGAGGCACAGUCUGUGGGCGGCUGUUUCCAUGACAGGGAGUGAUUCUUUCCCACUUUCUUGGAGAUGAAUACUCCCAUAGUGUCACUGUCUGUUAGUACCUGGAACUUCCAUACUCUUCUGCUACAUUCACCAAAUUAAGAACAAGUAGAAUAGUUAUCCUAGAAUGAUUAGAUAAACUUCCUCUCCAGGAAGACUUAAUACUGCUGUUACAUGCAAUUGCGGUGCUAAGCCAGUAGCCCUUCAUGGAUUGUGUUGUACAAUAGUACGAUAAGGCCUUUUGUUGUGCUCUCGAACACUGCUUGUAUACUGUGACUCUUUCUGAAAUACUAUUCGACUUGUGUUACUUUUACCAGCUCUUUAAAGAACUUUAGUCUUCAAAAAAAGGCAUAGAAAAUCACCAAGACUUAUUAUUCAAACAGACUGUUGGAACAGAAUACAGGGAGGAUUGGUAAUGGAAUAUGGGGCCUUUCAUCGAUGGAAGCUGGUUUGAUUCUGGAGCAGUUGAGUGGUGAACAAAAGUUGUUAGCAUCCAUUACUUCCAGUAGCCACUGUGAAAUGGGUUGCAGGUCUCUGUUCAAUUCCUUACAGAAUGGUCAGCCCAUCACAAGAAAAGGCCACCACAGUUGGUACCCUGAUUUGUGGUCUUAGCAGAGGCCCUGACUAAAUGGGUACGGAGAUUGAACUAACAUCUGAUCAAAGGUGAUUUCCCCAUGGCAGUGUGGGCUAGUUUGUACUGAUUUUGCUUGUGCUCUUAGUCAUUGUGGGGAUAAUGAGGACUUUACUUUCCAGGGCUAUCAAUCUGUCAUCUCUCACCAGCUCUAAAUUAAACUAUAAAACAAACAGAACUGUAGUCUUUAUCUUGAGUUGCUUUGAUUUUAAAUCAGCCUGAGGUUUACUGUCUGAUGGAUGGUGGAAUGAAUGGACCCUCCUGCAGAAGAAACAGAUCCAGGACUUUGUAUGGGUCACAAUAGUUGGGAAGGGAUAGCUGCAAUGGGAGAGGGCAGAGCUGGGGAAUUUCUCACGAAGGGAAAAAUGGCAUCAGGGAGUGGAGGCUUAGUUAGAUGUUGACAUGGGAAGAUGGCUGCAGUGGGAGCAAAGAGGAAGUGUGAAUGAGAAGGAAUCGCCAGCAUGAACAAUGGUGCCUGGCUGAAUAAAUUCUCAGUUAUAGCUAGUCAGCUGGAUACAAAAACAAUCUUCAGCUGUCCUAAUUUUUACAAUUAAAACUGUACUUUGUUCGCUUAAAAUACCUUUUGCAAAUCUUGCUUGUGCAGUCAUCUGAAUUUUCCAGAGACAAUUCUGUUACCUCCUGACAGUGAUGCUGCUUUUCUAUUUGUUAAGAAAAAAUGGCUGGCAUGGAUAUUUAUAAUGGAUAUGUUAAAUACUCCCAAUUGUUAUUGGCUUAGACCCCUUCCUAGAUCUUCAAGGAGGACUCUAAGUCUGUGUUCUACGGUGUCAGCGUUAAUUAGGAGAACUUUUUACCCUCUGAGGGUUAUUUUGUUCUAGAAGAGAUUUACAAGUAUUGAAUGUAGAAGGAUGAAUGUUCCUUGUUUGGUUUUGUGUUCAUUUGAGAAAAUAUUUGCAGGUAACCUUUAGCAUGUAGCACUUGUCACUGGUCUAGAACAGCUGUGGAUUCUUGUCCUACUGGGCAAGGAAUAGGGAAACUGACUUCAGGCCUUGAGGAAGAGGGAUCCUUAAAGGGUGGGAAUGUGAUUAUAGGACGUUCUGUACUUGUCCAUGCUUGGUCACAUCAGUAAGAAAAUACAUGGCUCUCUUUGAAGUUAGUGGCAGCAGGAUUGCUAUAAACACUUGGGCUAUGUCUACACAGGCAGAGUUUUUUCUCAGAGAAUUUGGUCGCCGAUAAAAAAAAAAGCGCUUAAAGAAAAUUGCUUUUGUGUUCACAUUGUCUUCCACUGGUGGCAUAGCACAUUCACACUUGUGGCACUUGCAUCGGCUAUGAGAGCAGUAUACUGUGCAGCUCUCCCUCUUCUGUUGCUAGGUCUUGCGGGAAGGCACAGGGGGUCAUGGCGCAUCAUGGGUCUGGGCUCAAUGCCCCGUGAUUCACUGUUCUUCGUCCCAGCAUUCCAUGUGCUUCUGUUGUCAGUUUGCAGCAUUUUUCAAUGCUCCUUGUGUGACAUUGCACCCCAUAAUGCUUUAUAGAAAUAUGCUUAUGAGUGUAAAUAUGAUGUA